UUAUUUUCAAUGUUCGUUUUUUUGCAGUUACUACUCCCUCCCCUCCUGCACGGCCAUGGAUUCCCCUGACCAGGCCGUCUACAAAUAGGCCAACAUGUAUCUUUACUGUGAUGUGUUACAACGUUCUUUGUGAUAAAUACGCGACCAGACAGAUGUACAGCUACUGCCCGAGCUGGGCGCUCAGCUGGGACUACCGCAAAAAGGGCAUCUUGGAGGAAAUCAGGCACUACGGCGCCGACGUCAUCAAUCUGCAGGAGGUCGAGAUGGACCAGUUCUACAACUACUUCCUGCCCGAGCUCAAGAUGGACGGCUAUCAGGGCAUCUACUCGCCCAAGUCGAGGGCGAAGCAUAUGGCGGAGAGCGAAAGGAAGUACGUCGACGGCUGUGCAAUAUUUUAUAGGGAUUCUAAAUUUAAAUUAGUGAAAGAACAUCUUGUAGAAUUCAAUCAGUUGGCGAUGGCGAACGCUGACGGUUUGGAACACAUGUUGAAUAGGGUGAUGCCAAAAGACAAUAUAGGACUAGCUGCUCUCUUGCAAACGAAAGAUGCAGCAUGGGAUAACACAGCCGCUGCUGGUGUGCACGGCGCACGUGCAUUGGGAUCCGGAGUUCUGCGACGUCAAGCUCAUCCAGACGAUGAUGCUGUCGCAAGAGCUGAAGACGAUCCUCGAGGAGUCCGCGCAGACCCUCAAGACGCUCAGCAUCAACACGGAUCCCAGCAACAUUCAGCUGGUGCUGUGCGGCGAUUUUAAUUCGCUGCCUGACUCGGGCGUGAUCGAGUUCCUGAGCACGGGCCGCGUGUCGCAGGAUCACAAGGACUUCAAGGCGCUCAGCUACAAGGCCUGUCUCGAGAAGGUGCUCAGCUGCGACAAGCCGAACGAGUUCACGCACAACUUCAAGUUGGCUUCGGCCUACAACGACGAGAUCAUGCCCUUCACGAAUUACACCUUCGACUUCAAGGGCAUCAUCGACUACAUAUUCUACGCGAAACAGACGAUGACGCCUUUGGGGCUGCUCGGGCCCCUAUCGCAGGACUGGCUGCAGCAGAACAAGGUGAUCGGCUGCCCGCAUCCGCACGUCUACUCUGAUCACUUCCCCUUGCUGGUCGAGCUGGAGAUGGUGCCGACGAUCACGUCGUCGAUGAACGGCCUCAUCGGCCACAGGUGA